AUGCUCCAGAACAGUACAUCUACCGAACCAGGAAUUUACUCAAAACAAUUUGAUGAUGAGCGAUUUACUGAUGAGUCGUCUUCGCAAGAUUUUUUCAAUAGGUCAAGUAGAAAAUUAUCUGAUGAUCAAUCAGAUUUUGUAGGAAUUAAUUUUGACCCUGAAAUCAAUUGCAAUAGUUGCUUGACAGAUGUUAAUGAUUUAUUUUGUGAUAAACAUACAUUUUUGCCAUGUAUUGAACCCGAGCCACUCAUUUCAGCAAAACCGGUGAUAUCAUCAACACGUGGUGGACGUCUUAACAGUAAAUAUGGAAAAGGAAAACCUGCACAAGUGUAUAAUAAUUCAGAUAUAACAAUUCGAACACGUAUUCGACGAAUACCACGUCGUCAUCCUCGAUUAAAUUCUGAAUCACCAACACCAUCACAAUCAAUAAGUCCAGAAUCUUAUACAUCAAAUUCAGAUAAUAUCCUACCGAUGCAAUAUCAAAAAACAUUAUCUAGUUCACGUGGUAGACCGAUUAAAGUACGAAAAGAAGACUAUAAUACAACGACAGCUGUUAAUGAAAAUCGUUCUAUUCAUCGAGAAACAGUGAAGGACGAUGAAGAACAUCAUUCAGUUACGGUUUUAUGUUCGUCGAAUGAAGUCUAUGGUAUUUCUCAGGAUAUGUGUGUCACUUGUGGUAGUAUUGGUGUAAAUGAAGAAGGUCGAUUGAUAUCAUGUUCACAAUGUGGACAAAGUUAUCAUCCUUACUGUGUUGGAUUUACAAAAAUGUUUUCAAAAGUAAUUUUUGAUAAAGGUUGGCGAUGUCUUGAUUGUACUGUCUGUGAAUGUUGUGGAAAAACGACUGAUGAAGCAAAACUUUUAUUAUGUGAUGAUUGUGAUAUAUCCUAUCAUACGUAUUGUUUAUCACCGCCACUUGAUCAUGUACCAAAAGGCAAUUGGAAAUGUCAAUGGUGUGUUCGCUGUUUAAAAUGCGGCUCAACAACACCAGGUGUUGAUUGUCAAUGGGAAAAUAAUUAUACUGAAUGUGGUCGAUGUUAUUCAUUAAAUACAUGCCCAUUAUGUCUACGUAAAUAUCAUGUAGAUGAAUUAAUAAUACAAUGUACAAAUUGUAAUCGUUGGUGUCAUAGUAUGUGUGUGAAUAUUUUUACAGAGGAAAUGGCCGAAAAACAAUGUAAUGAACAGAAUUUUUUAUGUCUCUUAUGUAAAUCAGAUCAAUCGACAUUAACAUUAAUGCGUUAUUCAUCAAUAGAUGAUCAACAAAUUUUACAAAAUAAAUCUGUUAAAUUUGAUGAAGGUGUUUAUUUAACUGAUCAUGGUAUUGCACAGUUGAAAUCUAUUCGGCCGAAAGUAUUAACUAAUCCAUCGCGAAAAUCAAAACAAUCCGUUGCAAAAAAUCAAAAUUCUUUCAAACGAACCAAUUCAACAUUAAUUAAUGAUGAUGAACGUUCCGACGAAGAAAAACUUCAUUUAUUAAAUGAUCAACAAAUCAAAAAAUCUGCAAUUAAAAAAUAUACAGGUAUCGGUGGAUUUAUUGUAAAAAUUCGUGGUAAUCGUCGUCGUCAAGAUUUACUUCAUAUGGAUAGUGAAUUAUUGCGUACGAAGAAUAAGCGUUUACGAAAGACGAUUAUUGAAGAGCACAUGCCUCCAGAAAUGCAGGAGGCAUUUUUUGGUAUGCAUCUGGCAAAUCAAAAUCAAAUUAAAAAUCCAUUAGAUGAUGAAUUAUUAUGUCAUGAUCAAUCAAGAAUGAAUGUGAAAUGUUUAACUAAUGAAUAUUCAAUUCAACUUGAUCCUGAUACAAUUAAAUAUUUAACAACAAAGAAAAAAUCACCGUUAUCAAUAUCAAAUGAUGACGAUAUUGAAAUGCAACCUAUUUUCGGUAAUGAAGAAUUCACAGAUUUAGUAGAUUAUAUACUGAAUCCAGUUCCUAAUCCACCAUGUAAUUCAUCUGGAGAUAUUUGGGAGUUUAUUGAAUUUGUUGAUCAACCAAAUCUAAAUGAUAACUCUUCGGCUAUGGAUUGGUCCAGUAAUAGUAUUUAUCAAUCAAAUAAUCCAAAUCAAAUCAUUAGAAAUAUGGCUCGUGAAUUAGAAGAAUCAACAGUUGGACCAUUAAAAAAUUCUCUUCUUUUACAAACAAAUAAACAAACUAGCCAUCAUGAUCCGAUGCCAUGGUUACCAACCCCACCGCAUUUAAAUCAAUCAUCAAUCAUCAAUGGAAAUUAUUCAUGUUCAGAUGGACGAUUAUUAUCAGCAGUUCAAUCACCCGAUUAUAACUGUUCAAAUUCUAAUCUAAAGCGUAAUCAAUUAUCAACAGGUAUCGAUGAAUCCUAUCAUUUAUUUCAAGCAUAUGAACAACCAAUUCAAAAUGAUAAUUUACAAAAACCCAUGAUCAUUGAUAAACAACACUGCAUGACACCAGUACAAUAUUCAAUGAAUAGUAUUCAACAAACACCAUCUUAUCAACAACAUUCAUUACCAUCACUUGAUCUUCAUACAUCAUCUUCAUCAUCAUUCGGUAAAGAUUCUUCUGCUUUAUAUCUAACAAAAACUAAUAAAUAUCAAUCUAAAACACCUCCUUAUUCAAUUUAUAAUAAUUCAUCGGAUUUCUUACAACAAUAUCCAUCUCCAAUGAGAUCAACAUCUUGUUUUGAUGUCUUAUCUUCAUCGUCGAACGGACAUCAAAUAAAUACAAAUAUUGAUACAUCCUAUUCAGAAAGUAAUAUUAUUUCCAAUGGUAAAAAAUCAACAGCACGUACUGAUAUAUUACAAAAUGUACCAAUUGAUGUCCUUGAAAAAAUUGAUGAAGUUAUUUUUAAUGUUAUAUCUGGCCAUGGUGACAUUCCCAUUGAAUCUGAUAGUUCUAAUCGUUAUCGUUAUCAACCACGUUUGUCAUAUAAUGAACAACACAAUGUAAUAUGCGAUUCAUCUUACAUUCCAUUAAAUCAAGAUAAUUUAUCAACGCAACAGUAUGAUUAUUUUCCAUUAUCGUCAACUCAAGAAUCAGGACGUACUGUAGUAGCUGAACUCAUAUCAUCGAUAUUAUCUAAUGGUGCAUCUUCAGUUGUAAUGUGA